GAGGAGCUGCAGCAGUUUGCCAGCCGUCGGGAGGAGGUUUUCCUCCUGAGCAGUUUCAGAGUGGGUAACCUGCAGGGUGCACUGGAUCUCCUUCAGGAAGUGGAGCAGGGAGCGCAGCCUCCUCCUCCUCCUCCUGUCUCUGCUCCUCCUGCUACCUCCAGACGCUGGCUCCCCAGGAUGAUGCCUGCUACCAACAGCCUCGCCUUCCCUCUGCUGCCCACUGACGCCGCCUGGCUGCUUGCCACCCGUUCCGUCUUCCUGUACCCAGAACUACUUCCUGUCUGCAGCCUGGACCCCGCCAUCCACCCCCGACACCACCGGAGUGUUUACACUGCAGGAGAAGACGGGCUGAUCGUUCUGGGUCUGAAGCACUUCGAGGGGACGAUCCAGUCGGACCAGCUGAUCAGCUCCUACCUGCUCUGUAAGACUCGAUGGAACUUCAGGAAACACAUCAGAGAGAUGAGCGGCCCAAGAGCACCACACGGCAACGUCAUCAAGACUUUUCUGACGCAGACGUUUGCCCCCCCGCUGCCGCUCGCCUGCAGCAGAGUUGAGCCUGGAGACCGGUGCCCCCCGGUGGACAGAAACACCACCAACAUGCCCAACUGGCUCAAGAACAGUCAGCUGAUCAUCCAGAAGACCCGACACACCUCCACCUGUUACCCCCCCUCCCUCCCCGUUGGAUGCACCCUGAGGCUCCACCCCCACUGGCUCAAGAAGUCGGCCCAUCUGCCUCCACCCCCACACAGACGUCUCUUCACUUUGGCCCACAAUGCAUCUCUGCUGCCGCUCGCCAAAGCCCCGGCAGACAGACAGGCGGUGGACUCGCCGGUGGACGGGCAGACAGCGAGACAGUCGAAGACAGCAGCAGACAGACAGGUGGACGUGCAGCCAAUCGGCUUCCUCGCCCUUCCUCCUCCAGGUGUGACGUUACUCUCUGGCUCCCCUGCUGUUGCUCCGCCUCCUGACUCUGGGGCCGCCCUAUUGGCUGCUGUGCAUGCAGUCCCCGCCCACCCAGUGUGUGUAGACAUUAUCCAGUCCUGCCUUCCUAUUGGUCGGAGGACGCCCCUCCUCCUCCCCCUCCCCUCCCUGGCCCACCCGGACACCGCAAAUCCCACGAUGCUUUGCUCCACUGACGGCGUGAAGCCGGGGUACUUCCUACUUCAGAUGGUGAAGGCUCCGCCCACUGUGAACUCCCAGCACGCUCUGGGGCAAGAGAUCUACAGACCAAUCAAAGAGGAGCAAAAGGAAGCGGAGCAGACGUCCACAAGGCCACUGGAGGAGAGACAGGUGGGGGAGGAGAGUUCAGCUUCAACAUCAACACUGAGUCCUCCGUCGUCCUGUGCAGGAGACGAGGAGGAGGAGGAGGAGGAGGAGGAGAACUGGACUGCUCUGGGUGUGGCCAGUUUGAACGGAGGAGAAAACACUGGUGGAGAGGAGGACGAGGGGAGAGAUGAGGAGGAGGAGGAGGAGGAGGAGGAGGAGGAGGAGGAGGAGGAGGAGGGGCCUAAAGGGGAGGAGCUUGGAGAAGGGAGGAGCACUAAGGCGGGAGGAGACGAGGAGACGCCAUCAGGGGAGGGGACACCCAGAGGAGGAGGAAGCAGGUGUCCCGGACGAGGACGAGGUCGAAGCCGACCUCUUCGCGGUCUGAGGAGACGUCGUCAGGAGCGUCACAGCAAAGACGCUGCAAAGCUGCUGCUGCUGUACGACGAAAACAUCCUGAACAACGACCCGCACAGAGAGAGCAAAGACGUGGCGUUCGCCCAGAGUUACCUCAACCGGGUGCGUGAGGCGCUGCAAGACGUACCUGAGCAGGUGGAGGAGUUUGUGUCUCUGCUGAGCGAUUUUGAGCAGGUGGGAGACGGUCAGGAAGUGAUGUUGUUGUUCAGGAAGCUGCACUGCAUCCUGGGAGAGCGGACAGACCUCCUCCGGGACUUUGCCGCAUUCCUACAUCCUGAGCAGGCACUGCAGUGUGGACUGGUUGAAGAGCAGCAGGCGUUUGAACGCAGCCGUCGCUUCCUGCGACAGUUAGAGAUUAGUUUUGGAGAUAAUCCGUCACAUUAUCAGAAGAUCAUCAAAGCUCUGCAGACCGGUCCAGACCUGAGUCCAACCAGCAUCGACGAGCUAAAGGUUCAAAUGGCGACGCUGCUAAAAGGCCACACCCAUCUACAAGCUGAAUUCUGGGUAUUUUUUGACGAGCUCCGCCCACCUCCUGCUCGCCCGGGGCAGUUUGAAGAAGCCCAUUGGCCGGAUGAAGGAGGGGGCGGGUCAGACGGUGGAGAGGGCGUCGGCCUCGUGUCAGGGGGCCUGACCGGCAGCGGCUUCGAGGAAGUGACGCUCCCAGAGCUCGAAGAGGAAGAGGAGGGACUUAAGAUCCAACCAAUGACAAGCCAGCGCCGGAGGAGGAAGAUGGCCCCCCACAGGGACUACAAGGACUGUGAUUGGUCGGAUAAAGACUGGCCUUGCCUUUGCCGUGACGCUAAGAUCCGUGGACACAGGAGGAAAGAAUGCUCUCGCUGCCACGGCAACAAGGUCUCAGGGGGCGUAUCCAGAGCCAUGAAGAGUCUGGACCCUCUGUACUCUCAGAUAAGCUCCGCCCACGACGAACCAGAACGAAGUGGUGCAUCAUGGGAAGGCUCGUUCCCUCUCAUCGACGAGAAGGAGGAGGAGCUGGAUGACGAAGAGGAGGAUGACAAUGAAGAGGAGAAGACCAUCGAGAAGAAGAAGAGUCCGACGGUGAAGAGGAGCAGGAGAGAGGAGAUGAUGGGGGAUGGCAGCGCCUUCUCCAUUCUCCCGACUCCUCCCUCUGUUACCUCCUCUAACCCCUCCUCCUCUACCACCUCCUCCAUGAUCCCCUCCACCACCACCCCCUCCACCAACUCUAUGACCUCCUCCACCACCACCUCCUCUAUGACCUCCUCCACCGCCACCUCCUCUAUGACCUCCACCACCUCCAUGGUCCCCUCUAUGACCUCCUCUACCACCUCCUUCAUGGUCCCCUCUAUGAACUCCUCUACCACCUCCUCGGUCCCCUAUAUGACCUCCUCCACCAUCUCCUCCAUCAUCCCCUCUAUGAACUCCUCCUCUACCACCUCCUCCAUGAUCUCCACUCCUUCGAUCUCUUCCUCCAUCUUCCCUUCUACCUCAGCUACCUCCUCUAUCACAUCUCCUAUUUGCUCCUCCUCCAUUACCACUUCCUCAAUCUCCCCCUCUGUCUGCUCCUCCUCUGUUCCUCCUCGGCCAAGUCCUCCUCCUGACCUCCCGGUAUGUGCCAAGAACAUUUCCCUGACGGCAAGCGGAGAGAAAGUUAUCCUCUGGACCAGAGAAGCCGAUCGAGUGAUUCUGACGAUGUGUCAGCAGGAAGGAGCCAAUCAGAACACGUUCCAGGCCGUCUCUACUCUGCUCGGCAACAAGACUCCGAGCGAGGUUUCUCGACGGUUUCGAGAUUUAAUGCGUUUGUUUCGGACGGCGGCUCGACAGACCAGCUCCGAGGACGAGGCUCCGCCCACUCAGCCGACAGCAGCCAAUGAGGAAGAAGACUGAUACUAACCAAUCAGAAGAGCUAGCAGGUUUUUUUGUUUGAUAUUCCCAGGACUUUUAUUGUGAAAGGACUCACACAGAUGCUUUUACUGUACAUAAUAAAAUGUAAAUAUGAAAAUAUCAGAUUAUUUAAUGUUUUUGUAAAAAAGGUGAGUUUUCUUUUCUUCAAUAAAACUUUUUCUCAUCAAAGUCUGUUUCACAGUUUGUAGUUUAUCUGAUGACACAAUAAAGACAAACACAGAAUAACUAACUCUUAAUAGUGCCACAAAACCUAAAACACAAUAGAAUAUACAAUAAAAUGUGUAAAACUAAAGAUGUAAAAAUCAUCAAACUGACGCACAUAGAGAUAAAGUCUAUCAGGACAUGAAACCCUUCAGCGAAACUAAACUCUUUAAACCACCGGGGGGGGGGGGUCAUUGCUGUGCUCUCUCUCCAGUUUCAGGGUCGAUGUCGUCGUCCAGAUCUAAGAAGAAACAAAGAUCUCUGUUUAUUGGUACGUAGUCACCUGAUAGAAAUGAAGAGUCAACAAUCUGUCUCACCCAUAAAGUCGUCAGCUCUGUCCUCUGGGUUCUGCUGGUUCUGCUGGUUCUCCUCCAUGACAACACCUUUAGGCCAAAGCAGUAGAAUGAGCCCUCUGGUUCAAGCUGUAACAGUGUUUCUGGUUAUACUGGACACUCACCUGCAGCUGCCUCUGAUUGGUGGUGAGAACGGACACUGUGGCACCUGGAGGGAGGUGGGAGGGGUUUCGUGUAGACACUGCUCAUUGGCUGGUCGCCGGUAGGCGGGCCUUCUUUGUUGUUCCAGUACAAACCAAUGGGAGAGGGUUUUGCUGACGACACAUCUGUAAAAGAAGAAAACAGGAAGUGAUGAAAGGUUAGGGUUUCAAUUGUGACCUUACUGCACAUACUUUACUGCUCCACAAUGCAUUGCGUCUGGGUGCCUUUCUCUGCAGUUUGGCUUUGAGGUGCUGCACCUAUUGAUGAUGUCACACGUUGUGAUUGGUCGUAUGUGGUAGAGAACCCGCCCCUACUCUGCCUUCUGAUUGGAUAUACCCCUUUUUUGGUGUUGCUAACAUUAGCCUAGCUAUGAUGCUUACCGGCACUACGAACUAGACGGCCUUUGUUCCCGUAGUCUGAGGGUUGGGCGUUUUGUC